AUGACAACUGGACAGUCUGCGAACGAAAAAGGAUCUUCGAAGACUAUAUCGGAAAAUACGGAGAUUACUGAGGAAUUAUCGCAAUGUGAUGAACUCUUGAAUUUUAUCGAUAAGAGGUAUGCUCGGCAAAAACUCAAUCCACCAUCAGAUUCCUCUGAUGCUUCUCGGGACAACCACGAUACUCAUCGACAGCCACGAAGUCACAAAAUAAGAAAAACCGCAACACUGCAUUCGAUUGCAAUUUCGUAUCACCGUCAUCCAAUCAUCUCCAUCAGAUACUUUGGUUGGUUGGAUAGCAAGACAAAUUUCUCCCUAUUGAAGUCGUGCUUGCGCAGGAAAGCGCUGCAAUCCAUAAGGCCUAUCUAUGACUGA